GACCGGCCGAGUCAGGACCUACUUGGAACGACGCGGGGAAGAGCGGCGGCCUCGACGCCGGUGGAGCCGCGGAGCGGGAGGAAGAUGAGCCUGAAAUCCGAACGCCGAGGAAUUCAUGUGGAUCAGUCAGAGCUCUUAUGCAAGAAAGGAUGUGGUUACUACGGCAACCCUGCUUGGCAGGGUUUCUGCUCCAAGUGCUGGAGAGAAGAGUACCAUAAAGCCAGGCAGAAGCAGAUUCAGGAGGACUGGGAACUGGCAGAGAGACUUCAGCGAGAGGAGGAAGAGGCCUUUGCCAGCAGUCAGAGCAACCAAGGGGCCCAAUCUCUUACUUUUUCCAAGUUUGAAGAAAAGAAAACCAAUGAAAAGACCCGAAAGGUUACCACAGUGAAGAAAUUCUUCAGUGCUUCCUCCAGGGUUGGAUCAAAGAAGGCAGAAAUUCAGGAAGCAAAAGCUCCCAGUCCUUCUCUAAACCGGCAAACCAGCAUUGAAACGGAUAGAGUGUCUAAGGAGUUCAUAGAAUUUCUCAAGACCUUCCACAAGACAGGCCAAGAAAUCUAUAAACAGACCAAGCUGUUUUUGGAAGCAAUGCAUUACAAAAGGGAUUUAAGCAUUGAGGAACAGUCAGAGUGCACUCAAGAUUUUUACCAGAAUGUGGCUGAAAGAAUGCAGACUCGGGGAAAAGUGCCCCCUGAGAAAGUUGAGAAAAUGAUGGACCAGAUCGAAAAGUACAUCAUGACUCGUCUCUAUAAAUACGUGUUCUGUCCAGAAACCACUGAUGAUGAGAAGAAAGACCUCGCUAUUCAAAAGAGGAUCAGAGCUCUGCACUGGGUUACACCUCAAAUGCUUUGUGUUCCUGUGAAUGAAGAAAUUCCAGAAGUGUCUGAUAUGGUGGUAAAAGCAAUUACAGAUAUCAUAGAAAUGGAUUCUAAGCGUGUGCCUCGGGACAAGUUGGCCUGUAUCACCAGGUGCAGCAAACACAUCUUCAAUGCCAUCAAGAUCACCAAGAAUGAGCCAGCGUCGGCUGACGACUUCUUACCCACGCUCAUCUAUAUUGUUCUGAAGGGCAACCCUCCACGUCUUCAGUCCAAUAUCCAGUAUAUCACCCGAUUCUGCAACCCAAGCAGACUGAUGACGGGCGAGGAUGGCUACUAUUUCACCAAUCUGUGCUGUGCCGUGGCUUUCAUUGAGAAAUUAGAUGCCCAGUCUUUGAAUUUAAGUCAGGAGGAUUUUGAUCGUUACAUGUCUGGCCAGACUUCUCCGAGGAAGCAGGAAUCCGAGUGUUGGUCUCCCGAUGCCUGCUUAGGCGUGAAACAGAUGUAUAAGAACUUGGAUCUCCUGUCUCAGUUGAACAAACGACAGGAAAGGAUCAUGAGUGAAGCCAAGAAGCUUGAAAAAGACCUAAUAGAUUGGACAGAUGGAGUUGCAAAAGAGGUUCAAGACAUUGUUGAGAAAUACCCACUUGAAAUUAAGCCCCCAAACCCACCGUUAGCAGCUAUUGACUCUGAAAAUGUGGAAAAUGAUAAACUUCCUCCACCAUUGCAACCUCAAGUGUACGCAGGAUGACAGAAAUGUAUGUGGAUAGUAUUUAUUUGAGCCUAAAUUAUAGGUAGCCCUUACUACACUCCACGGAUUAGAAUCUAGACUAUAACUUAAUUGCUCAUAAAUGCCCAGGCAUUUUUAAAGGUACACUUUGUAGAGAUUGUUUUGUUUUCUUUUUCUUUUCCCUGGCAGGGAAAGCUUCGUAAAUAAUAAAACAUUAUUUAUUUGAGUUACUGAAAUAGAUUCAUCAAAGACUUGUAUGAAAAUUUGGUCUAAAUCUUUUCCU